ACCUGCACACGAGAAUUAUCCAGAAACCUCUCCAAUCUAUAAAUUCCACUCCUCCCGUAAUUUUCAUGAGUGCAGCACGAAACAUUUCUUCCAGUUCUCAUUUUACGGCAUCAAUUCUCCAUACUUCUGCAUACGAAUAUUCCUUUGCUUCUUUUUGUUCCUCAGAAGAUGGAUCAUAGAGGAAAAUGGAUUGUUCUGAGCCUUGUUUUACUGUCAUUCCAAGCACACGCUUUCGUUCCCUACGGCCACUCCUUGUGGGACAUAAUGUUACCUCAAGAGGACCCUUUCAAGAUCCUUGAACACUCUCCAGUCACGGUUCCAAAAGGUGCCAUUGAUCAUCAGUCCCUCGCGCUGGCACGCACAGACUGGAAAGAAACACCAGUAGCCCAUAUAAUCUCCCUCGACAUUCCCGGCAUGAAGAAGGAGGAUGUCAAGAUUGAGAUUGAAGAGAAUAGGGUGCUGAGAGUUAGCGGUGAGAGGAAGACGGAGGAGGAAGCGAAAGAUGAGAAGUGGCACAGGGCGGAGAGGACCACCGGGAAGUUCUGGAGGCAGUUUAGACUGCCGAUGAAUGCCGAUUUGGAUAAAGUGAAGGCGCAGUUGGAGAAUGGAGUGUUGAGGAUUACUGUUCCUAAAUUGGCUGAGGAAAAGAGAAGGGAGCCUAAAGUGAUCAGCAUUGUGGAGGCUGGUGGUUCCGGCGAAGACAUAAAGGCCACCGAGGCUGAAAUCAAGAGCUGAAACUUUUUAUCAGAAAGUCACAGUUUUCAAUUGUGUCACUUAAUUGUCACUUGUGAGCCCAGACCCUAAUUUUCUUUGGUUGUGUGGUCGAUGUGUUUCAUUUGUUAUCAUUCAUGCUUAUGUAUAAUCAUAUGAAAGUAUAAAACUCUAUGUGAUUUCGUAUGUACUUGAAAAUAAUGAACUUACUAUGGAGUGCAAAUUUUCUUGAUAUCAUUGGGGA